AUGGGUGAUCAAACUUCGGACGAUAUCUGGGCUGAGAUAGUUGUUGUAGCAGGUGUAGUUGGAGACGUUGUAGGAGAUGUAGUCGGAGAGGUUGUAGCAGACGUAGUCGGUGAGGUUGUUGGGGAUGUAGUCGGAGAGGUUGUUGCAGACGUUGUUGGAGAUAUAGUCGCUGACGUGGUUGGAGACGUUGUUGGAGAUGUAGUUGCUGACGUGGUUGGAGAUGUAGUCGCUGUCGUUAUUGGAGAGGUUGUUGGAGACGUUGUGGCUGAUGUUGUUGGAGACGUUGUGGCUGAUGUUGUAGUAGAGGUUGUAGGAGACGUUGUUGACGAUGUAGUCGGAGAGGUUGUUGGAGACGUUGUGGCUGAUGUUGUAGGAGAGGUUGUUGGAGACGUUGUAGCAGAGGUUGUUGGAGAUGUAGUCGCUGAAGUUGUAGGCGAUGUAGUCGGAGACGUUGUAGCAGAGGUUGUAGGUGACGUUGUCGCUGAUGUUGUAGCUGAAGUUGUUGGAGACGUUGUGGCUGAUGUUGUAGGAGAGGUUGUUGGAGAUGGUGUAGCAGAGGUUGUUGGAGAUGUAGUCGCUGAAGUUGUAGGCGAUGUAGUCGGAGACGUUGUAGAAGACGUAGUUGCUGAAGUUGUAGCAGAGGUUGUAGGUGACGUAGUCGCUGAUGUUGUAGCAGACGUUGUGGCAGAUGUAGUCGCUGAAGUUGUAGCAGAGGUUGUAGCAGACGUUGUAGCAGACGUUGUAGGAGACGUUGUAGCAGAUGUAACAGGAAAGGCCGUCCUUCCAACUCUAAUUCUUCCAGAGUUUGCCCAUGAACAUAACAGAAUCAGGACUAACCCGAAAACAAUCAACCUUGGUACCAUUCUGGGUGAAUCUUCUUACAAUGAUCCGAAAAAAAUUCCUGUACUGACCUGUGCCAAUUUUGAUCCUUUUACUAAGACUCCUUAA